AUGGCGGAAAACCCUCCCGAAACGGUGCCGUCUAGCUCACAACCUUCUUCUAUCUCUUCUUCUCGGAAAUUGCCUCAAGAUUCUCCCCAGGUACCUGCACUUUCAAACUUUCCGCCGUAUUUGGGUGGAUAUUAUCAAAUGAUUCCUGGUAUGUACCCAGGGUUGACUCUGCCGCAACAUGAGGAACAUGGGAACCGCGGAGCUGGCAUAUAUGCUGUUUCUGUUAACUCCUUUGAUAGACAAGUUACUGGACUUCCAUACAACACUCUGAUUCCGCUGACUUACCGCAUACCCACUAGGCCAAGCUCUGAAGUUGCUGCUGCCGGUGAAAAUCAGGGGCAAGCAGGACAGCAACCUCAACAGCAGCAGCCUGCACCUCAAAGACAAGUUGUUGUUAGGCGAUUUCAAAUUGCAUUUCAAAUUGAUUUGUUGCUUAUGUUGAAGCUGGCAGCUGUGAUCUUUUUAUUUAACCAAGAUGGAUCAAGGCAGAGGCUUAUUGUCCUUGUGUUCUUUGCUGCUAUUGUAUAUUUAUACCAAACUGGAGCUCUGACACCUAUUAUAAGAUGGCUUUCACGAGGUAUGCAGAGGGCAGCAGCACCUCCUCAUCCAGCUAGACCUGCAGCCAGGGCUGAAAAUGUUCCUGCUCCCAGGCAAGAGGGUGAGAAUGCUGCUCCAGCAGAGGGUCAACCAGAAGCCGAUAAUGGUAACCAACUCGCAAAUGAAGCAGACCGGGCAAUUGAGAAUGAAAAUGUGGCAGAAGUUGGAAGAGUAAACGGUGGAAAUCAGUGGUGGGGCAUUGUGAAGGAGAUCCAGAUGAUUGUUUUUGGCUUUAUCACGUCCCUUCUCCCGGGGUUCCACAACCAUAUGGAUUGA